AGCGACCUUGAUAAUAUCCCGUUAAAGGAAAAUGAGGUUCUUUGGCAUGGUGUUGCUAGUUGGUGCCCUGGUCAUUAUAGGUGCAGAAUGCAACUCUGAAGGGGAUGCUCUUAAUGCAUUGAAAGUUAAUGUGAUAGACCCAAACAAUGUUCUUCAGAGCUGGGAUCCGACGUUAAUCAAUCCUUGCACAUGGUUUCAUGUCACCUGCAAUGGCGAAAAUAGUGUUGUAAGAGUGGACCUAGGUGCUGCUAAUCUUACUGGGACACUGGUACCUGAGUUGGGAAUGUUAGCCAAUCUUCAAUACUUGCAACUUGAAUAUAAUUCAUUUAGCGGAGCAAUUCCAAGCCAAUUAGGCAACUUGACAAGGCUAUUGAGCUUGGGAUUAGAGAAUAACAAGCUGAGUGGCCCUAUCCCAUCUUCUCUUGGCAAUUUAAAAUCAUUGCGAUGGAUGAGAUUGAACGGUAAUAAAUUAUCAGGGAAAAUUCCAAUCACAGUCUUGAAGCUCAUCUACUGGGGAAAUUUGCAGCUACUGAAUGUUUCAGACAAUAAACUAGCAGGGACGGUCCAUCGUGCUAACCAAACAGAAUUCUUUGGCAUUUCUACCAAGAGAAAUUUUCCAAGUCUUCAACCCGUUACCUACAUGUCAGAAAGAAGCAUAUCUAUCAUUAUGCCAAAGCUCGAUCUCAUGAAUCUUGACAUAUAGAUCCAAUCUUGUUCCGAAGAUAGCAGAAGAUACAGAAGUCUUGGAAGGGGAAAGAGAAUUCAAUUAAAGAGACAUGAGGAAUGUAGCUCGCGAAAUGAUCACUAUAUUAUACCCGUUUUAUGUAGAAGAUGCAGGGGCUUGACCUUUUUUAAGCAAGCUUACAAGCUUUGCUCUGCUGGUUAAAAUAAAUUGUAAACGUCUGUGAUCACGUUCAACUAUGCCUUAUAAAA